GGGCCGGACUGGCGCGCGGCGGGUGGCAUGGCGCUCUUCCACGUUGCGCGGUACGCGGGCCCCGAGGCGGCCGGGGCGGAGGCCGAGGCGGACGGCCGGGCUCGCGCGCUGCUGGAGCGGCUGCGGUGCCGGGCCCGAGAGCGGGAGCUGCAGAAGCAGCCGCCGCAGCAAGAACCCUCGGAGCCCGCGCAGACCGCUCAGGCGGCGGGGAAGCGGCGACGGCGGCCGCGCAGAACGCGGAGGCGCAAGAGCGGCGGGGCGCCGCGGAGCCCGCACGCACCUCCCUGCAAGCGGCGGAAGGCGGACGACGAGGAUGAGGACGCGGGCGCAGGUAGGGCCUCGCGGGGCGGGGCCCUGGACUCGGGACCGCGUGGGGCUGACGCGCCGCCCCGCCCCCGUUUCUGCCGCGCAGAGAGCAGCGAGGAGGCGCCGGCGGGGAACAGCGUGGGCGCCGAAGCCGCGGGGUCGCCGGAGGGCCAGGGCGGACCGCCCCCCGAAGAGGCUUCUGGUCCCCCAGCCCACGCACUGGUGCUCGGGGGCUUUGGGAGGAGCAAGGCGCCAAAGGUCCAGCCUUUCCUGCCAGCAUGGCUGGCUGAGCCAAGCUGCGUUGGAAAGAGUGUCACCGAAGGCCUGGUGCCUAUUGAGGAUAUCCCGGAAGUCCACCCGGACCUGCGGAAGAGGCUGCGGGCUCAGGGCAUCUCGUCCUACUUUCCAGUGCAGGCAGCAGUGAUUCCCGCUCUCCUGGAGAGCGCAGCCAACGGGUUUCUGGUAAGCAGAGGCGGCUACCGGCCUAGCGACCUCUGUGUGUCUGCCCCAACGGGCAGUGGGAAGACACUGGCCUUCGUCAUCCCUGUGGUGCAGGCCCUGCUACGGCGAGCCGUGUGCCAGGUUCGGGCCCUGGUUGUGCUGCCGACCAAGGAGCUGGCCCAGCAGGUGAGCAAAGUGUUCAGCGUCUACACAGAUGCCACUCCUCUUCGGGUCGCCCUGGUCACCGGACAGAAGUCGCUGGCCAAGGAGCAGGAGAGUCUCGUGCAGGACACAGCAGACGGCUUCCGCUGCCUGGCAGACAUCGUGGUGGCCACCCCUGGCCGCCUGGUAGACCACGUCGAGCAGACCCCAGGAUUCAGCCUCCAGCAUCUCCGCUUCCUGGUCAUCGAUGAGGCCGACCGCGUGAUAGACAGCAUGCACCAGGCCUGGCUGCCGCGGGUGGUGGCCGCGGCCUUUCCCAGUGAGGGCAGUAGGGAUCCCUUUGCUCUGCUCCAGAGAACACAGCCCCGGGCUGUGACUGCAGCCAGCGUCUGCUGCCCCCAGAUGCCACUGCAGAAACUACUCUUCUCAGCCACUCUGACCCAGAACCCCGAAAAGCUGCAGCAGCUUGGCCUCUACCGGCCCCGGCUCUUUUCCACGGGGUCGGUGCACGGGGGCCUCAGAGACCCUGACGUGGACGUGGCCGGGGACUUGGGCGGGAAGUAUACCUUCCCUGCGGGGCUCACGCAUCGCUACGUGCCCUGCAGCCUCCGUCUCAAGCCGUUGGUCGUCCUGCACUUGAUCCUGGAGAUGAAUCUCUCAAGGGUUCUGUGUUUCACCAACUCCCGUGAGAACUCCCACAGGCUGUUCCUGCUAGUCCAGGCUUUCGGGGGCGUGCGCGUGGCCGACUUUUCCUCCCGCUACGGGCCUGGCGCUAGGAAGCUGAUCUUGAAGCGCUUUCAGCAGGGGAAGAUCCAGCUCCUCAUCAGCACCGACGCCACGGCCCGCGGCAUCGACGUGCAGGGCGUGCAGCUGGUGGUGAACUACGACGCCCCCCAGUACCUGCGGACCUACGUGCACCGGGUUGGAAGAACCGCCCGCGCCGGAAAAUCCGGACAGGCCUUCACGCUGCUCCUCGAGGUGCAGGAGAGGAGGUUCGUCCGGAUGCUCAGGGAAGGCGGGGUGCCCAGGCUGGAGCGGCACGACGCCCCCAGUGAGCUCCUGCAGCCGCUGGUCCCACGGUACCAGGAGGCCCUGUCCCAGCUGGAGAGGGCCGUCAGGGAGGAGCAGAGGCAGAAGGCAGCCUAGGCCGGGGCUCUGCCCUCGUGGUGGGGGAGCCGCCUCCUUUCUGGAAACAUCCCGAGCACCGGUUGCUGGACGCACAAGCAGGAGACGGGGAUUCCUCAGCUGAGCGAGCCUCGGUCCCCAAGCACGCUGCUGCCCUGGACACAAGGCUCCGGCCCAGGCCUGAGACCUUCCAGGGGGCACAAGGUCAGCCCCCUGUCGGGUGGUCUUUCUGGAAGCAAGUCUCCAGUGAAACUGUUUACACUCCCCCGGAGCUGACGGGGUGGCGUCUGCCACGCGUUAGGCUGUAAAUUGGGGAUCAGCCUUGAGGUACCUUCAGGAAUUCAGUUCUUCUAACAGCGUAAGCCACCACCCUGCGUGGGAGAGAUGGCCCUGAGUCCCUCGCUGUUGGGGUGAACGGCCGGCUGCUAAGUAGCCGUUCCCCGCAAGGCGUCACAGAGACCGGAGGAUGCGCUGCGAGGUCAUCGUGGCUGUACUUCACGAUUAGUCAUCGCGUGUGUGAGACGAGUGUCCAGGAAACAGGCUUCAGAGCACUGACCGCCGUCUCUGAGAAAGCUUCGUUUCCAAGAGUCACGUGUUGACAGAGCCUUAAUGGGAAUGAACCGCAGCUCCUUGUGUUGGCAGAAUCACCACCAUGAGUCCUGGCGUCCCGUGUGCUCGCUGUCGCCCGAGUGGACGUCAUGGGGCAGAGUGGGCAGCUUACGGGAGAGCACGCGGACCAGGACUCGGGUCGCACCAGCCCGGACCUCUCGGGGCUGUAAACGCACCCUGCAUACCGAACCCGCUCACAUUUCAGUCCAGGCUUCGCACGGGACCCGGGGGGCGGCACAGCCAUGCACAGCCUCUGAGAGGCGGCUUCCCAGUCUGUGGAUUGUAUCUCAAUAAAGCAUCUGUUUAAAAACA